GCCCAAAAUGGCUCAAUUUUAGGAAUCAUCGAGUUCUCACGAGCUAUCAGAUCCAAUGGCGUCGCCGCCGCUCUCGCCGUCGUCCCACUUCGUCAACAGCCCCCGCCGAACCCUGAGCUUGGUGAGCAAACGGAGGGCGAAGGUCUUCCUCUCCGAUCCGGACGAGGAGACGAGGGCCUCAUCAUCUGGAUCAUCCGGAGAGCAUGGCGCCAAUCCCUCAGAGGUCUAUGGUUUUGUUGGCGCUAUCACCACUGUCAUCGCCACUGUUAUAUAUCUGGUUUGGGCUUAUACUCCUGAAAAUUGGUUGCAUUCUUUGGGAAUCACUUACUACCCUAACAAGUAUUGGGCUCUGGCAUUUCCAACUUUCAUUAUGGUGGCUGUGGUUUUGAUGUUGGUAUUUUAUUUUGGUCUGAACUUCAUGGCUACUCCACCUCCAACAUCUUUCAAUACCAUGUUUGAUGAGCAUAGCAGAGAGCCCUUGACAUUUAUUGCUGCACAAGGACUAGACCAGCCAAUCAAGCCCAUUUCGGACAUAGGCAUUGACUAUGUAAAUGAGCUCAUGUUUAAUCAAAAUCAAUAAUAUAUUGCCUUUUUUUAACUGUUUUUGUUUGAUGCUGGGUGAGGAAAGUUCAGCAAAGCCAUUAAUUUAGGCUUUUAGCUGCAUUUAUAGAACAUAGAGGCAGUGGUGAUGUAAAUAAAUCCGAUUACUUCAAGCAACAUAUUUUUUUUAUUCAAUUUAUAAGCUUUCCGAUUUA